AUGGACAUCUCGUGCUUCCAGGCAGAGGACGAAAUCGCCAGUCUGACGGUGCGUGAAGUCGACGAGCUCCGAGCAGUCAUUGCUGCUCAGGCCAGGCGGAUAGAGUCCUUGCAGGCUCAGCUGCAAAGUCAACACCAGCAGCUGCACCAACAGGGAACGGAGCUGCACCAGCAAAAGGCCAACGCCGUUCAAGCUACUUCGGUGAUAGCCGAGCAGCAAAAGCAGCUUCAGGAACUACGAGCCGAAGCCUCAGCGGCAGCGGAUACAAACGACAAGCAGAAAAUGCUCCUGAUUCAAAGGGAAGCUCGCGCAGAACAACUGAAAGAACAGCUCAAAGAAUCACUUGCAAGGAGCAAGGAAGUUGUGGCGUUGAGGCAGAAAGACAUUGAGGAGUUGCAGCAACUGCGGAGGCAGCAAAACAGCCUGGCGCGGCACAUUCGAGCAGAAAAAACGAUGGAGAAUGAAAAGAAAGAGGCUGUCAUGAUUGCGCGCCAUGCAGCAGAAUUGCGGAAGGUCACGGCCCAAAGGGAUGCACUAGCAGCAGCAAUUAAGAAACAGUUUAAAUUAAUCGAGGUUCUAAAGCAACAGAAGGCCCACCUGGAAGCGGCCCGUUGGUUGCAAUUCACAGAGGAGGAAUUUCUCAAGGUUGUAGACACAGAAGGCACCUUCGUGCAAGCAAAGGCGGAACAACAUCAGCAGCAACAACAGCAACAGCAAGAGGUGCAGCUCGAUGACCAGGGUCACCCAAGGCCAUCGAUUGUAUCCUCAGUCAGAAGUGCCAACAAGGUCACUCCCACGAGCACCACAGUCAGCAGUGGGCCACCAAGGGAAAUUUCGAUUUUUAGCUACUAUCGGUGCAGCGCAUUGAAUGAGAGGGGGUAUAUCGGAAUGUUGAAGCCCUUCGGUGCAGUGGCCACAACCAUGGCGAUUGCAGCCCUCCUUUGCUUCUUUGGACUCACAAACCUGUCGCAAGAGGCCUUAGGGGCAUACAGACCUGGCCCAUAUCCCUUAGGCGGCGGCCGCGGCUUUGGCCCAGGACGUGGCCCCAUCCCUUACGGCCCAGGGAGGGGUUUUGGCCCCGGGAUGCAUGCCCACGGCUUUGGUGGUCAUGGUAUGGGAGGGUUUGGUGGUGGGGGGAGAGGACCAGGCGGUUUCAUUCCAGGCGGGGGACCCGGACCUGUAAUCAUGGCUGGCGCUGGGGGUAGGCCUGGGGGCAGGCCUGGGGGCCCAGGCCCUGUAAUCAUGGCUGGCGCUGGGGGUAGGCCUCGCCCACCCAUGGCGCCUGUUGGCGGAGGCCCCGGACACCGGCCUGUGGACUUUAAUUCUGCCUCGCACUGGUCUAAUUUUGGGCCCGCGCACCAAUACCCAUCUGUGCCCAUGGGAAGUCUACACGGUAGCUUUCCUGGCGCAGCCCCUGGCGCUGAAAUGCCUAGUGGCGAAGUAUCAUCUGGGGAAGCAUCAACGGGAGAAGCUGGAGAAUCAGAAGACUCGUCGAAUAAUUUGUUCAGCUACAUGACACAAGACGAACAAGGACUUUCGAAUCAGGCUCCUUCAAGCAACACUUGGUUCGAAAACACCGGGGAAGGUUCAACCACAUCUGAGGAGUCAGCAGUUGCUGAAGGCAUGGGGAUAGAAGAUGAACACAGCGGCGAGAUUGAAGAUGAUCUAAAGCAUGCAGAGAAUAAUGCUGGUUCCUUGGAAGAAACGAACGACAGCAGCGGAUUCUUGGCGCAGAGACAGGACUCUAAAAGGGAACACGCCGAAAAGGUGGCAAACAGACAGGAGGCAUUGGAUGCUAAAAAUGAACAAGCCCGCAGAGAAGAACUGGCGAAAAAACACAUAAAGAAUAAAGUAGCAAAGGAGCAGGAAGAAAAGGAAGAAGAUGAAAAGAAAGAGCAUCAAAAGCAUACACAGAAAGAGGGUGCAAAGAAAGAGGAUUCCGAGAAAGAGGAUGCGAAUAAGGAGCAUGCACAGAAAGAGCAUGAGGGAGAAAAGAAAGGAGAGGAGAAUGAGAAAGCAAAAGGAAAUGGCUCACACAAAGUGCGGUCACACAAGAAAGAGUCGCAUGAGGAGGAAUCGCAUAAGGAAGAGUCCCAUGAGGAAGAACACAACGUGGUCUAA